UUGUUUGAGGGUAGAUGUUGUUAAAGUGGAGGUGAGGAGACUGGUUCAGAGUCUGUUCUGUCUGUGAGGAGAAGUUUGUUGUUGCUGCAGAGAAUCAGUGACUGACUGAGAGCAGAGGUGGAAAGUCACUAAAGGGCAUUUACUCAACUAUUUUAGGCUACUGAGGUGAUGGCUCAGCAGGCGACAGCAGGGCGGCGCUACCUGCGGGCGUUCGUGAGCGGCUUCUUCGUCGCCGUUCCCGUCACUGUCACCGUCCUCGAUCGGUUGGCCUACGUGGCGCGAGUGGAGGGAGCGUCGAUGCAGCCUUUCCUGAACCCAGGCGGGGGGUCUGAUUGUGACGUCGUCCUGUUGAACCGUUGGAGCGUGAGGAAGUAUGAGGUCCAGCGAGGCGACAUCGUCUCCGUCAUGUCCCCCAAGAAUCCCCAGCAGAAGAUCAUCAAGCGAGUCAUUGGCCUGGAGGGAGACUUCAUCAGGACUCUGUGCUACAAGAACCGAUACGUUCGAGUUCCUGACGGUCACUUCUGGAUCGAGGGGGAUCAUCACGGACACAGUCUGGACAGCAACAGCUUCGGACCGGUGUCUGUGGGGCUGCUUCACGGUCGGGCGUCUCACAUCAUCUGGCCACCAAAUCGUUGGCAGCGAAUCAAACCGUCUCUGCCCCCAAACCGAGGACCGCUAGACACCGAGGAGGAAGAGGAAUGAAAACACACAGACACCGUUUUUAUAACUAUGGUAAUGUCAUCUUAACCAAAAUGAGGCGUCCGUUAGUGUUUGGAAAGACACGCAGCUGUACGAAUACAUUCAAGCCAUACAUUGUAUCACUGUUAUUCUUUCUAAAAUGUCAAAUUCAGGAGAAACCGAUGCUGAUUGAGUCAUUGGGUGUGUCAUGACAUUGUUAAACUUCUGUUAUGUAAACUGUUAGACUGUUCAUUGAUUUUGUGUUUUGUUAAUUGUGCGAAAGCCAGUCGUUACCAGUGAACAAUUCUCUCAAAGAAAGACUUUACCUGUAGCUAGAAACACUCACCUUUAUCUUCACAAACUGGGAGAGAAUAGUUCAUGUCAACAGAUCCUGAUGAACUACAUACAGACUGAAUAAGUGAGCGGUAUUUCCCUUUACGGAUGUUGCCAUAGCAAAGCUUCUUUCAUGUCUUUUCUGUCAGUACAACCUCCAUGUUUGUGACCUCUCAAGUGCACUUGAGGAUAACUGUGUGAAUUCAAUUAUUUUCCAGCGCGAAUGGGAGAAAACAAUGUCAUCAUCUAAAAAUCUAUUUUCACUGUGCUGUUGUUUGUGUUGCUGGUGUUGUCACCUCUGAGCAGAAAGGCUGCUGCUAGUUCACACAGAUCCGAUGAAUAUUCUCUUCGUUAUUAAAUACUCUGAGAGAAGAAAAAUGAGCAUUUAGCCUCCAACAUCAACCAGGUUAUCUGAAGCCUUAAUUAGAGAGAAACCACACAAGACAAAACAGCCAGCUGACUUCUGCCCGGCUCUCAAACAGCUGAAAAGCUCCGUCUUUUAAGAGGCGCGUCGCUGAUUUGCAUGAAUCAAAUUGAGGGAGCACUUGUGGUAAAUUCAGCCAAAUGGAGCUCUCGAUUGUUGAUUCUGCGAUGCUAACAGCUGUGUCACGGCGUAAUGGGACCCUGGAAGGCACAAGUGGGGCUAAAUGCAGGUGUACUCAACCCUCCUGCCGAGGCGACGCACAACAGCGGGCUCACAUCUGCAUAAUUAAUUCACUCAAAUGUGAUGUGCAUUUCUGUGACAAUUGAAUCUGACAUUUAAGGUUUAUGUUUGAGGUUAAUAAACUGUAGCCAGUCUCUGCAUUAAUUAGAGCCUGAGCUGUUAUACUGUGAUAAUAAAGGUUGUGUUUGUACAUAU